AUGUCAGCAAAUCCCAUACCAUACUCGCAAGCCGCAGAGCUUGAUCCCAGGAUCACAAUUCCACGUCCAGUUAUUGAUCCUUCUCUCGCGCCUAUUGUUGAUUCAUUUCCCCUCCCCGAUGAGUUAGACAUCAACUUCCUCCGUGGCAUAGCAGCCGGCGGGGACGAUGGGGCGUUUGCCUGUAACGCGGAUACGGUCCUGGCGGCCAAACCACGCCUGACAUACACAGAGCAUUCCAUUCCCGGGCUCGACGGAAAUACAAUCAUUCUGUCGGUGUUUGCACCCAAGAAGCCGACGUCAGCAGCGGCGCUGCCAGCUCUGUACCACAUCCACGGCGGCGGGAUGGUUUCUGGGGACCGGUUUGGGGGCGUCGUCCAGGCGGUGGAUCUGCUCGAGGGCAUUGAGUGCGUCGUCGUGUCUGUAGAGUAUCGCCUUGCACCAGAGACCCGUGCACCGGGGGCAGCGAGGGACUGCUAUGCGGGACUCGUAUGGAUGUCGGAAAACGCCACCAUCUUGGGCGUCGAUCCGGCCGAGAUUGUUGUGUGGGGGGUCUCCGGCGGCGGCGCCCUCGCCGCGGCGACGUGCCUCAUGGCGCGGGACAGCAGAUUGCCCACGAUCGCUAUCAAGGCCCAGAUGCUGUUGUCGCCCAUGCUGGAUGAUCGCUGCGCCAGCACGUCCGACCGACAAUUCGAGCACGGCAUCCCGUGGUGCGGCGUGACGAACCGUAUGGCGUGGGACCACGUCCUCGGCGCCGCCGCUCGCGGAACUGACGCCGUGACGCCGUACCAAGCACCGUCCCGGGCGACAGACCUAUCGGACCUCCCACCGACGUAUAUCGACACGGCCGAGUGCGAGGUAUUCCGCGACCCCGCCGUGGCGUACGCGACGAACAUGUGGCGCUGUGGGUCGACGUGCGAAUUACACGUCUGGCCAGGUGCCUUCCAUUUGUUUGACGGCGUGGAUAACCCAGACGUGCCGCUUAUUCACGCCGCGAUCGUGGCUAAGUGCACGUGGCUCAGGAGAAUCAUGGCUCCUAAAGCGAAGGUGGCGCCGCUCGGGUCUGUAUCCUGA